AUGCUAACCUUUGGCGAUCGAUUUCUACAUUCAUCCGAAAAAAGAUCACACGAAGAAUCUGGCACGAAUGCUCUGGAGUCGUCAUCGAUCAUUCUACCUAUGAGAUUGUGGCAUCGAUGCACGGGCAGUUUGAACGGACUCUCAGCUUCAGCUUGCGAGGACUUUUCUGAUAUCGGUGAAAUGUCCAAAACCUUCUUGGCAAUGUUCGAAAAGGUAUUUGCGGUCACCGCUCGUGUGAUGGUCGAACGCUGUCGCUUGCACAAAGGCAUCCCACUGCCUAUUUUCGACAACGUGACCAUAUCAGGC